UUGAAUAAAACUCUACUUGUUCUAACACUAAACGUAACCAGACGUGUUUUAACUUUUGUCCCAAUUCUCGUCAUUACAACAGAAACAGAGUUUUAUUGAGUGCCACACGAUGAAUUGUUGAAACAUUUUUUUCGUGUAGUUAAGAAGAGCCAGGCAAAAACGCCAGCCCAAGAUCGUCUCCAGAAUUUAGCCAAAGAACUCAAAAAUGCAUCGCAAGCGAAGCUCCAUGGAGGGAAAGUGGCCGAACAACUCAAACAUGCAACACCAGACCAGUAUCGCCUUCUGAAUUUCGGCAGAAAAAAUGGAACUGACUCAGAGCGGUUAAAUGUGAUAAAAAGGACCAGCAGUGCAACCGAUGCCAAUAAAUCGAACGGAAGUGCGUACACCACACAAACCAUCCACGAAUGACACCAAUGUAUCCCAUUCAUCGGACGAAAUACCCAGCCUUUUUCCGCCUAGAACUCCUGCCCAGAACAGAUUGGAUCUACUGCGUAACACUUUGAAUUCAGAAAAUGCGAACACACCAAGCGAAUCAGCACAACAUGCCUUAACCAUAAUCCAAUCGGAGUUUGGCCUAUCAUCGGUCGCAUCGCCCAAUACUUGCAAUCAUAAUACCACCAUCGACGAGGACGAACCUAUGGUCUGGGAACCAUGUGAUGUAUUCGAGGAAGUCGAGAAUUUAGUCUACAGUGAGUCGAAGCACGCAUACAUUGUACCGGAUACGAAUGUGUUCCUGGACGAACUGUCCUGCAUUAGAGACACCAUUCAGAGAGAUGGCAAGUACAACGUCCUGGUGCCAUUUGUUGUGCUACAGGAACUGGAUCGGCUGAAGGGACGGACGGGUGAUUCACGGAUCUCGCAGUUAGCAUCUGCUGCUAUCAGAUUCUAUUUCAACGAACUGAAAUCGAAGACGCAAAGAUUGCAGGUGAAUAUCGGAUUACAACGGAAAUCGCAGCAUAAUUGUCAAUACCAUCAAAGCAAAAUUGCUCGAGUGUUUUCGGCCAACGCACAGUGCUUUGUUUCGGCUUAAAGCUCCGAAUAUCAAUCGGAAAAGGUAUUCUUGUAAGCUAAUGGAUGCGUUACACAGAUUCAUCAUCAUCAUAUUCAAUCUUCUCAGAUCAGAUGCAGCAACAUUCUGCAACACUCCAAUGACAAAUAGCUAGCCAAUUUCGAGAGCAAUAUUUUUGAUAUAACAACACCUCGACAUUGUAUACUGUACAUAGAUAAGACACUAGAUAUGUAC